AGCAGAGACAGUAUUAAGAGUUCGACCUCGCGAGAGGGACCCUCAGUCAGCUCGCGCGUACGCGUCGUUGUUGCGGAGCAGGAUCGCAGCCGGAUCGUGCACACCUCGGGGGCCUUUACCAUGACGAGCGCGCGCUCCCGCUGACACGAUGCAGGAACCUGUGGACCAUGAGAGUCGUUGUGCUUCCUGUGCAUUCGUACAUGUGUGAGUGUGUAUCCUGUCCUGAAUGAAGUGUCCGGUGUGUUGCGGUCAGCCAGUCUGAAGCCGUCCGGUACGAGGGUUCUCCUCAUGGCGGCCACGCUGUUCGCUUUUCUCCUCUUCCUCUCCUGGUCUCCCCCUGUCCCCUCUCGGCCAACAGUUUACCCAGGCCCACCUUCACCAUCCAGGAUGCUUCAGAAUGGCACCCGCCACCUACCAGACAUCAUCAUCAUCGGGGUGCGGAAGGGUGGGACUCGGGCGCUGAUUGAAAUGCUAAGUCUCCAUAGCAGCAUCACUUCAGCUGAAAAUGAAGUUCACUUCUUUGACUGGGAGUCGCACUACCAGCAGGGUUUGACCUGGUAUGCUUCUCAGAUGCCCUCUGCCCAGCCUGGGCAACUUACAGUGGAGAAAACUCCAGCUUACUUCACCUGCGCAAAGGUGCCAGAGCGUGUUUUCCACAUGAACCCGAAUGUCCGGCUUCUCUUGAUCGUUCGGGACCCUGUGGACCGUGUGUUGUCUGACUACACUCAGGUUUUCUACAACCACUUGCAGAAACGCAAGCAGCCUCAGCCUAUAGAGGACUUGUUGCUGCUAAAGGAUGGACAGCUGAACUUGGCUUACAAAGCCUUAAACCGGAGCUUGUACUACACACACAUGCAACAGUGGCUAACCAUAUUCCCACGAACAAGCUUCCAUGUGGUUGAUGGGGAUGCACUAAUCCGAGAGCCUCUGGAUGAGAUGCGGAAAGUGGAGAACUUCUUAGGUCUGGAGCCACAAAUUAACGCUGAGAACUUCUAUUUUAACAGGACGAAAGGUUUCUAUUGCCUGAGGGAUCGCGAGGGGCAUGAACGCUGCCUGCAUAGCUCAAAAGGACGGACACACCCUCAGGUAUCACCCGAAAUCCUGCAAAAACUUCGUGACUACUUUCACAAACCCAAUAGGAAGUUCUUUGAGCUGGUGGGAAGGACGUUUGACUGGAAUCAAGCUAGCGAGGACAGACAAGAAACACAAACGUUGAAAGGGGAGUGAAAUGAAAAGUUAGCAUUUGAAUUAGCUGGAUUUUAGCAUCCCACAGAAGCACAGAAGAAUACAAUCUUAUGGGAAGAACAUUCAACUGGAACCCAGCUAGGACAAGUUAUAAAUAUUAAUGCUACAUUGGAGCAAAAUGUAAUUAUACUCUAGCAAAUUUAGCCUCAUGGUUUCUGCACAAUAUUAAAGAUGGUUAGAAAUCCAACUGCAUGUGGCUUAGUGAAGAUUUCAGCAUUAUGAAGACGCACAGGAACCUAAACCCAGUUUUCAGCUCAGACGGUUUUGAUGCCAAUAAUAAAUGACGUCUUGGUCAAGUUGGCUAAUUUCAGGUAUUAAAUGCCAAAAAAACACUUUUUUAUUGAAAAAUAAGAUCUCAAAAAUAUUUUAGACCAACAGUAAACUGUUAUGAUACUAGACUAUUUAUUCUGAAUGUCAUAGUUACACAUUUACAAGCAAGCAGUUUAAUAAAGCCACAUGAAUUACCUUUAAUAGUAUUACAAGAGUUAUAGCAUAUUGGUUCUCCAACUUAAUACUAAUUUGACAUAUUAGCACUAUAAGAUUAGGACUAAUAUGAGAUAAAUGAAAGAAUAUCGCUCUUUGCACUCCUCAUAUUAUCCAAGUAUGAGAACGUAGCCUAUAUAUUUAAUCACUGUACACUUCAAAGAUUAUAUAUGCUAUAUAAGCUAUAUUUAUAUUUUUAUACAUGCAGAGAACUUCCAGUGAAUAAACGGUCUUAUUUUUCCUUUUUCAGACGUUUUCAGAAGCUUUCUGUUACAUAAUUGUUAAAACGUGCUUAGUCAUUAAACACAUUGCAAGCCGAAAAGCUACUCAUUACCAUGUUUGGAUGUUUCGUUCAGUUUUUCCCUGUUGUAAAAUGCUCUAUGCAAACAGAAUUGUGCAUGUGAAAUUGGAUGUUUGGCUAUAUUUUAUUUCUGUUGUGUUCAAGUGAGGCUCAUCAUAUGAAAUGCAUAAUCAGACAAUUAUCUCUUCAUGUUCAUUGUUGCAUUAAUUGCUGCACUUUUAAUUCAGUUUAAACUAGCUAUGUGUAAACUUUAGUUGAAAAUACAUGGUUGAAACAUCUCA